CCAAUCCAAUCCAAAGUUGUGAACUUGGGUUGGAAGCACGCUCGUUUUCUCCAUGGCUGCUUCUACUGGUUUCUUAACACCCUGUCCAUCCUCUCUUUUUCCGAAAAUUACUAAUGCCACAGUACCAAAACGAUUUAUACCAUACGCCCACUCGCAACCCUUGUUUAAUUUUCGCUACCCCAAACUCUCAUGCUUGCCUCUGUGUUCCCCAACUAGGUUUAGCGCAGUCUUAGCGGCGGUAGAUGAGGAAGCAGUGGCGGUUGAGGAUAAUGUGGACGAAAACGAAGAAGACGUCGACGUUUCAGUUCAUGAAUCAAAGAACCGAGCAAGACCAAGUGAAUUAUAUGUGUGUAACUUGCCGCGGAGCUAUGACAUUUCAGAGCUUGUCGAGAUGUUUAAGCCUUUUGGAACUGUUAUUUCCGUUGAGGUAUCACGGAGUCCUGACACGGGUAUAAGUCGAGGCUGUGGUUAUGUGACAAUGGCAACUAUAAAUUCAGCAAAAAAUGCUAUUGCAGCAUUGGAUGGAUCUGACGUGGGUGGACGUGAAAUGCGGGUUAGAUUUUCAGUUGAUAUGAGUAUUGGAAAGAGGAAUACUGAGUCACUGAAUUCAACACCCAGGAAGAUCUUUAUAUAUGAAAGCCCUCAUAGAUUGUAUGUUGGCAAUCUUGCCUGGGUGGUAAAACCUGAGGAUUUGAGGGAACAUUUUAGUCAGUUUGGGACUGUGGUCAGUGCAAGAGUGUUGCAUGAUCGUAAAGAAGGAAAAAACCGUGUUUUUGCAUUUCUUUCCUUCGCUUCAGCAGCAGAACGUGAUGCUGCAUUCGCUUUAAAUGGAACAAAUUUUCGAGGUCGGACAUUAAUCGUGAGAAAAGGUGUUGAAAGAACUGAACCUUGACUGUAGCUGUGAUUGGUAGAUUUUGAUGAAGAAAUUUAGUUUAUCAACUGAAAAGGGAAUUAACUUGGAGCAUCCUCCUUGGCUGAAAUGUGUAGUCAGAAGAGCGGGUAUUUAGAAUUACCAGAAUUCAAAAUCUUUUAUCUUACGGCUCCGUUUGGGGAUUUUCUAAGUUUAUUUCAUAUGUCAACUUCCACAUUAAAAAUUUUGAUGAGAAGCUGUUCCAAUAUAUUGGUUGCUUUGAUCAGGGUUAAUUUUUAAUACGUAUUCUAGUUUGAUUAGUAUAUUUGAUGUAUUAUGUUUUAUAUUUGUUGUCUCCAGAGUUCGAUUUCAAAAUUCUCUUGUUGUGAACUCCAUGUGCCAUUUUCCUGCGUAUGGCUUAUUUUAUUGCUGGUCUGUUGCAAUAUUCAAUGUAUGAAUGUUAUGGUCAAAUAAUGAG